AGUAUUAGUUCUUAUAUACCAUCUGACCUUUCAACUGCAAUAACUGGCUACAAAUGUAAAUUAACAAUGUGCGAGCUUAGGAAAAAGGAUAUUCCUAAAUCAGUGAUUCCUAUUGCUGAUAAAGCUUUAGCCAGUUUAGUUGCUGAUGCUGAAGAACAAGCUGCGUCAAAUCAAUUGUUCCCUCUAGAUAUUGAAAGAAGAUUGCAUGCAUCAGGCAUUUUUUUAUCAGUAUUUUUUUCAUUAAAAACUACUGAGAAGGACAAGAUUGCAGAACUCCCAUAUGUAAUCUAUAAAAACGGCCUUUCCCUUAAACGUGCAAUCCAACAGAAUAAGCUGUAUAUUCAACCGCAUCCAUCGACUAUUCUUGAGGAAUCAUGUCUUAACACCAUCUUGCUAUCAACUCAUAUGCUUCAUGGUAAGCCGCUUAUUCAAACCAAAUUCUCUGAAUUACACUUCAUUGCGACUUCAGUCACAUUGUUCCUUACCCCGUUUUUUUCCGCUCAUGACAUUGCUCAGAUAGAGUGGGACGCUAUAUCUUGGGUGUAUAAAUAA